AAAUCAUUGCAGCUCGGUUCUUUUCCCCUGCGACUCUUAUCACAAUGGGCAAAGGCAAGCGCGGUAAGAAGGGCGGCCCGGCCAGCGGCGUGCGCCAAAACUGGCAAGAUGUCCCUAGGACCAAUGCCAAAUUGGAGAACUACUACAACGCGCAAGGAUUUAUCCCCGAGGAGGAUAAGGAGGCGUUCUGGGAGGCGAUGCGCAGAGAUCUGCCUAACAGCUUCCGGUUCACCGGAUCGCGAGGCCACGCUCUCGCCGUCCAGAAGAAGCUCCAGAACCACUUCAUCCCCGAGAUCACCUCCAUCACGUACGAGGGCAACCCCGUCGAGCCCCCUCGCCCCGUGCCCUGGUAUCCUGACCAGCUUGCCUGGUGGAUGACCACUCCCAAGCACGUCGUUCGCCGUUUCGCGCCUUUCGCCUCGUUCCAGAAGUUCCUCGUCGCCGAGACCGAUGUGGGUAACAUCAGCCGUCAGGAGGUCGUCAGCAUGAUUCCUCCCCUCUUGAUCGAUGUCCGACCUGGCAUGACCGUGCUGGAUAUGUGCGCCGCCCCCGGCAGUAAGUCCGCGCAGCUCAUGGAGCUUCUGCACGCCGGCGAAGAGGAGGCCAUGCAGGAUGUUUCCAAGCAGGUGAAGGAGGGCAAUGCGGGUGCCGAGCCUCUGGGCCCCGAGGGUCUGAACGACGAUGGCAGAAGCACUGGUCUGCUGAUUGCCAACGACGCCGACUACAAGCGCGCCCACAUGCUUAUCCACCAGAUGAAGCGACUCAGCUCUCCCAACUUGAUUGUCACGAACCACGACGCCACCAUGUACCCCUCGAUCAAGCUGCCUCCCCUUCCCGCCGCCGAGGGAAAGACUUCCCAGAACAGAUACUUGAAGUUCGACCGCAUCCUUGCCGAUGUUCCUUGCACUGGUGACGGAACUGCCAGAAAGAACAUUGGCGUCUGGAGGGACUGGACCCCGAACAACGCGAUCGGUCUGCAUGCUACGCAGGUCCGCAUCCUUGUGCGUGCGCUGCAGAUGCUGAAGGUUGGCGGACGGGUUGUCUACUCUACGUGCAGUAUGAACCCAAUCGAGAACGAGGCUGUGAUUUCUAGCGCCAUCGACCGGUGCGGUGGCUCGGCCAACGUCAAGAUCAUCGACUGCAGCAACGAGCUGCCCGGUCUGAAGCGGGUUCCUGGCAUGAAAUCCUGGACCGUGAUGGAUCGCGAGGGCCGUAUCUGGAACAACUGGAAGGAGAUCGAGGAGAAGAGAGAGCAGGAGGGCAUCUCUGGCCUGGGUAGAAUCGCUGAAGGCAUGUUCCCGCCCAGUGGCGAGAAUGCCGAUCUGCCCCUCGACCGUUGCAUCCGCAUCUACCCUCAUCUGCAGGACACCGGUGGCUUCUUCAUCACUGUGCUGGAGAAGACCUCUGAAAUCAAGGCCAAGCCUGAGGAUUCCACCAAGGUCAUUCCCAAGGGCACCAUUGCCGCCCUUACGGAAGAGCUUGAUCAGAAGCAGAAGAACGCCGACGGGCAGCCGCUCGAGAAGAUCGAGGCUUUGGAUGAUCUGGUUACUCCCGACCAGGCCGCCGCCGAAGAGGCCAGCAAGAAUGCGACAGUUGCCGAGUCGACUCACCAGCCCCCGUACUCCGCCACGAGCCAGAUCUCGCCGGCGAAGAGAGACGCAGACAGCUUGGAAGAUGAGCUUCCCAGCAAGAGGACCAAGCUCGAGGACGGCACUGAAAUCGUUUUGGGUGAUCGCCCUGUCCACCGACCCGCCCCGGCCACCGAUUCCGACAACGUUGAGAUGUCGGAGGCCAAUUCCACGCCCGCCCCUCAAGAGACCGCCGACCCGGCAAAGAGCGAGCCCAAGGCCCAGCCUCCCCAGAAGCGCAAGCCAGGCCAGCCCAUUGAGGAGCCCUACAAGUACCUGGAUCCCGCACAUGAGGAGGUUGAGUCUAUCUUCAAGUUCUACCAGGUCUCGGAACGAUUCCCACGGGAUCGUUUCAUGGUGCGCAAUGCCCAGGCAUUCCCAUCCAGAACCAUCUACUACACCAGUGGGUUGGCUCGGGACAUCCUCACGGCCAACGAAGGUCACGGCAUGAAGAUCACGCAUUGCGGUGUCAAGAUGUUCGUCAAGCAGGACGCCCAGCGCCAGGAAGUCUGCCGCUGGCGUAUUCAGACCGACGGUCUGCGGAUCCUCGAGCCCACGCUGGGUCCCGACAGAGCCGUCACCCUCCACCAGAAGACCACCAUGCGGAAGCUUCUCGUGGAGAUGUUCCCCAAGGUGGACGACAACGGAUGGAAGGAUCUCGGAGAGAUCGGUGAGCGCGUGCGCGACAUUAGCAUGGGUUGCUCCAUUCUGUACAUUGAGCCCGAUGGAAGCGAAGACGUUUGGACUGAGCGAAUGGUUCUUCCCCUGUGGCGCUCCCUGCACUCCGUCAACCUGAUGCUUCCCAAAGAAGACCGUCGCGCCAUGCUCCUCCGUCUUUUCAACGAAGACCCGCCGCUGAUUAACAUCACCCAGAAGCGGGCCACCGCCCAGAAAGCCACGCCGGAGACGCCGGCGGCGGUGACUGCCAGCGAGCAGGAGACCCCCGCCACCGCGCCCGCCGAGGCCGAGGAGGCGGCGAUCCAGCAGGAGAACGUUGCAUUGGGGCAGGAUGAGCAAGAGCAGGCGGAAGUGCGGGAGACGUACACCAAGGCCGGAGAUGAGGAGGACCGGUUCAAUACGACUGUAUAAUGUGGGGGACAUCAGGAUGGUAUACCCAGUCACAUUUUCGUUUGUCCAAUUACAUGUCGCAAACGUUUAAAAUGUAAUAUAAAAGAGUCUGCCAUUUAGACCUUGGCGGUGUUUGCUUACUUACUGGUUUUUGGCAAUGCAUAUCCGU